AUGAGAAAUGGACAAGGAAAACCAUAUGGGCCCGAGUUUAGUACAAGCCCAAUAAGCUUGAGCACCCCUCGAAUCCAGCAGCAAGCCAAGCCUCCGUCUCCUACAAUGGCAAAGCAAAUUCACGAGAUUAAGGACUUCCUGCUGACAGCUAGGAGGAAGGAUGCUCAAUCUGUGAAGAUCAAGAGGAGCAAAGAUGUUGUUAAGUUCAAGGUUAGAUGCUCAAAGUAUCUAUACACUCUUUGUGUCUUUGACCCUGAGAAGGCUGACAAGUUGAAGCAAUCCCUUCCGCCAGGUCUGUUCUACUUAGAGCACCACUUAUUCAUAAUGUCUUUAUUUGUCUGCCAUUAUUAAUCACAACACACCCUUGUGGGUAGUUGUUUUCAGAUCGUGUGAAGAGCUGUGUGCAAGCUUGAAUUCUUUUCAUUAAAAAAUAUCAUAUUUGAUGUAAUUUGUUUUUGUUGAAUACCUCAUGGUCUUGCUUAAAGAAUAUUGGAUCUUAUGGAGUAUAUGACAUUUUCUUGGAACCUGCAUGUGUUGAAGCACGACUACAAAUGUUUAUUAUGAUUUCUUGUUUUGUUGGAAAAUUUUGGACACAUUGUUUGUCUACUUUUCUAUAUUCACACGCCCUUGUAUUUGUCCCUACGUAAUGAGGUGAGUAAAACAGUUUUUUAUUUAUUUUUUAUUUGCAGGUUUGAGCGUGCAAGACCUUUGAGCUGGAAUUUGUUGUCGUUCAGUGGUGGUAGUAUGUUGAAAGACAUUUUGCUUGUUUCUGAAUAUUUCUUUGAAAAACUAUUUUGUUUGAGAUUCAUGGUGGGAACAUAUAUUGUGAAAGUUUUGGUUAUCUAUGUAUUGUUUUGGGUUUUCAAGAUGAUAGAUAAUGAUUACAACUUUCAUUGACCUAUGCUGAGCUUCAGACCCUUCUGUUUGUGAUCGAUGAAGCAAUUCUCUAUGAUUAUCAUUGGUUGAUAUGGUUUUCAGGUUUAGUGUGUGAUAUGGUGGUUUUCAGUGUAUUGAAGAUCUUCUAUGAGGUCGCACAGGACUUAAAUUCGAUCUUAUUUAUAAGAAUUUUGAUGUUACUGAUCCAAGGACCCAUCUUGCGUUGGCCGACAUUGCUAAGCAAAUCAACACUCAAUCUUUCUGCAUGCUUAUUGUUGCAUUGCAAAAACAUAUUUUAAAUGAUGCGAAAUGGUUACUU